AUGUCGCCUCCCUCAGCUACUGAGCCCCACCCCAAUGGCGAGAAGCCUUCCAAUGCCGCACCACUCGAACCAGGCAUCACCGAGACUGAAGCAUCAGUGCAAAAGACCAAGAUUCCUGGUCCCCCAAAAUUCGAUGACCCUUACAAGGAGCGUGCAUACUUGAAAGGUCGACUGGCUGCUGCGUUCCGCAUCUUCGGUAAACUCGGGUUCGACGAAGGAGUCGCAGGCCACAUCACGCUACGCGACCCCGUAGACCCCGAAACCUUCUGGGUGAAUCCAUUCGGUGUUUCGUUCAGCCUGAUCAAGGCAUCCGACCUCAUUCUUGUGAACGAGGAGGGUGAAGUUAUCGGCGGCGGAGAGUGCCGGCUAUUGAAUACUGCGGCAUAUAUGAUCCACUCUGCGAUUCACCAAGCAAGACCUGACGUGAUUGCUGCGGCGCAUUCGCAUUCUAUCUACGGUCGAUCGUUUUGCACGCUAGGGAGAAAUCUGGACACGAUCACGCAGGACUCGUGCGCAUUUCACAAUGAUCAUGUACUCUAUACUUCUUACAAGGGCGUCGUUCUUGCGAAAGAAGAGGGACAAAACAUUGCUUCUCAACUCGGAUCUCACAAAGCGGCAUUGUUGCAAAACCACGGUCUACUAACAGUUGGGCACACCAUCGAGGAGGCGGUAUUCUGGUUCGUCAGCCUGGAAAAGUGCUGCCAUGCGCAGCUUUUGGCUGAUGCUGCGGCUGGAGGACGGGGUGGCGAGACAAUGAAGAUUUCAGAUGAAGACGCGGUGUUCACGAGCAAGACGGUUGGAACACCUAUGGCAGGCUGGUUCUCUGCGAAACCGUUGUUUGAUGUUAUUCAUAAGGAGACUGGAGGCGAUUAUUUGGAGUAA